AUGUUUUCAAGUCUGCUCCGCGGCUCCCAGCGAGCCAUCAACAAAACCAUCACCAGCCGGGCUUUCAUCUACAGACCCCGGGUCCCAUCCCGCACACCUACACUCAACUCAUCAACCGCCUUCCAAUCUCUCCUCAGACGACAAAACUUCUCCUCCGAAGCACCCAACACAUCCCGCGAGCGGCUCGGCAAUAGAGACGCCCUAGAAGCCACAAAAAAAGCCUACGAAGCGCACCGCCUCGCCCUCCAAACAGAAACCCAGAGGAAGCUGGACGCAGCGAAGGAGCAGUUCCAAAGAGAGAUCGAAGCACACCGCAAGGAUCUAGGCUACACCGCCCCCGGACGCGACACAACCCAGAGCGUCCUGGAUUUCAUCCGCCGCAAACCCUUGGUCGCAGUCGAUCUGCGCGAGAGCGCGCCGACAUGCGAGGAGUACGUCCAGGAACUGGAGAGGGCCGCCGCCUGGGAGAAGGAGUCGAGGGCCCGGCGUGUGCUGGAUAGCGUGUUGAACCACUAUGGGAUCCGUCACGCCCGCUCUCCUCCGGCGAAGACAAGCGAGGUGGACGAGAAGGGCGAGGAGAAGAAACCUGUUACCGAGGCAGAAGUUGCGACGGCCACGGCGAAAGAGUCAGUAGCAUGA